GCCGCGCUCGAUGACGCCUGUGAUACAGCAUUUCUAUGCAAUGCAGAGUUUUGAUUGCUGGGUUGCGCUGGAGCCGCUUCUCGUUGCUGUUACGCAUAUUUGGAUUUAGGUGCCGCACUAGAGAAUUUACCAGUACACGAUUGACAAACCCAUCAUUUGUUGUGUGUUUUUUUUAAGAGUGGGAGCCCAGUGUCGUCCGAUUGUUUAAUUUAUGUGAUAUCAGCCAUUCGUGACUAAGAAGGAAGCAGUAAAUCGUGAAAGAAGACGGAUUUAUCUUUUUUUUCAAUUCAGCUAUCCUAAAUCGUUCUUUACGCAAGCAUUUUUAAUGUUUGUCAUUUCUCCGAGUGCCCUCUCUGCGCUGUAUUCUACCAGAUGACAUGAGCUGAGCGACCUUUCCUGGGAGGGUGCAGCGCUUCCAUAUGUUUGUGAGUGUGUGUUUUUCACCAAGCCGGCUGUACUGAAUCUCUGCGCUCCGGCGUUCACUUCUUCCUGAAUGUGAGCACAUGCGAUGCUUCAUCAGACGGCGACACUUUUUCCGGAUCGAGACAUUAAAAACAAACAAUUAAAAAAGCCAAAACAAACCCAAAUAAGCAGACUUUGAAGGGUGCACGUGUGGAGCCGCUCAGUUUGCCAACUACAUCUGCAGUGUUGCCGUAAGACAGACAGAACGAGAGAGGGAAAGAGAGAGAGAGGGAGCGAGGAAAAAUCCUUCGUCCCCUGAUCCCUGCCUGCACCCUCUAGCUGUGAAUGGGCUGUGUGCUUUGUGAUUAUCUGCAGUCACUUUAGAGUCAUUUCUGGAAGAAGAUGGCGGACAGGGCUGAGAUGUUUUCAAUUUCCACCUUCCAUUCGCUCUCUCCUCCAAGUUGCAGGUCAGCCCAUGACAUCAGCCUGGAAGAAUUUGAUGAUGAGGAUUUAUCAGAAAUUACAGAUGACUGUGGAAUUGGACUAAAUUAUGAUUCAGAUCCUUAUGAGAAGGAUUGCCUCAUUCUUGAAAAGAAUGACCUACAUCAUCCAGUGUGUUCCUUUCAAGAUGACUUCCAGGAGUUUGAAAUGAUUGAUGAUAACGAUGAUGAAGAAGAUGAAGAGGAAGAAGAACCUGACUCUGAUAUGCCUCCAUCUCCAUCUGCUUCUCCCCCUGGUUCACCCUUUGCAACCACUACACUAAAGAGCAGGCCAACUACAUUGAACCUCAGUGCCCCAGUCUCACAGGAUUCAUUAAACAAUAAUGGAAGUCUUUCUCCACGGAAAGCUAGUUGGCAGGAGACUCUGCGUCACUCUUCGCCACAUGGACAUUUGUCUCCUACCCAUUCUUGCCUCGAAGAUGGAAACCAUUUGAACGGUGAAUGUCCUGCAUCUCCCAGUACAGGAACUCAGAAUAAAGGUACACCUACAAAAGCCUCAGGGGACACUGAGCAGACUCAGUCACCACUCAGGCCCCUCCUGUUCGACUUUGAGGGCAACAGACGGGAAACCUUGGAAUACGGGUCUUUUGGUCAGCAAAAAAUGUCAACAAGUUCAGACACUGGAUUGGAGCCUAGCACUGAUGGAAGCAGCUCUGUUUCCAAUACCUUAGAGAAAGCCUUGGGCAGUCCAGCUGAUGAAGUUGACCUUGAAAAGACCAGUUAUGAUGAUAAAAAGUGGUUGUGUCAACCAAAGCUGCCCAGUGAUAUCUAUGCUGGUGAGAUAGCAUUAGACAAAGAGGUGGAAUAUGAUUUGACUUCUGAAACAAGCAAAACAAGAAGUGAAGACUCCAGUUCUCCUUUGUCAGAUGAAGAUUUGCUAAAACAUAUUGAAUGUAUAUCCAAACAAAUGGAAGAACACAACAUGGACGAGGUUGAACACUCAUCCUAUGUUGAGUUUCCCUCAAUUGAACCUGUAUCCUUUAGCAAUAAUGGUUUUGCAUGUAGUCAAGCAGAUAUAGAAUUUUUGAGGUCUGAAAGAAUUAACCAUGCAAGUAUGCAUGGUCAUCCAUCUUCCUCAUCGAAUGAAAUGACUUCUCCAUCUUCUGACCCUGGCAUUGAGGCUGACCUCACCAGUAAAAGCUGUAAAAGAUAUCCACCCUCUAGUCUUAACCUUGAUGAUCUUAACUCACCAGGAUCUGAUUCAGACAUUGAAAGAGAACUAGAAGCUGCCUUUGCUUGUGGAGGUCAGUUAGUCAGCAAUAUGAUUUCAUCCAUUUCAGAAACAGAAUUAGACCUCACCAGUGAAAGCAGCAGUGGCAGAUCUUCACACCUCACCAACUCAAUUGAAGAAGCCAGCUCUCCUACAACUGACCAGGAACUAGAGACAGAGUUGGAAGCUGAAAGUGGUAUAAUUGCUAUCAAGACUUCCCUACUUCUUGGUCAGUCAGACAACAGUAUGAUAACUUCAUUUACAUCAGAACUAGACAUCCCUCCACAAGUUGACGUUGAUCAGUCACUCAUUGGGCUUCAUGAUGUUGCUGAAAUCACUUAUGAACAUGCAGCUGACCCUGAUGAAACCCUACCCCCUGCUGAUCAAGAUGAGAGCCUGGCAAGACAGUUAGUCUUAAAAAUUGAACCAGACCAUAGUUUAGAGAGUUUCAAGAGGUCAUUUUAUCUUCCAGUUGGACCCAAACUUAUGCCAGAAGCUGAAGAUGAUGAAGGUAAUAGUGAAUAUGAAUCUGACUCGGAAUCUGAAGUAGACUUAAGUGAAGAUUCUGAUUCCCCUUGGCUUUUGAGUAAUCUUGUAAAUAAAAUGAUUUCAGAAGGCUCGUAUCCCAUCAGCUGUCCAGAGGAUUGCUUCAAAAGGUCUGACUCAAUAUCGGACACAAUUUCACCAACAUCUGAUAUAGAGAUAGACACCUUUAAUGAACCUAUAUGCAGCCAGAUUGAAGAUUUAGGAUCAAGCACAGGAGGUUCGGCUAAAGAAGAAAGCAAUCAAAGUAUACUGGACAGAGAUGUGGACAGCACAGAGAACUGUAAUUAUUUGGAUUCUGAAAGUGUGGCUAAAGAAAAGACAAUGUAUUCAGAAUUUAGUGCACAAUCAGCUGGUUCCAAUGAAACUUCAAACUUAUGUUUGUACAUAAGCAACCCAACUAAUGAUACAAUCACUCCUGUUUUCAUUGAUCGAUAUAACAGCAAAGCUAGUGUACAGAAUUUAACAGAACUGGGAAUGUGUGAGAAAAGUAAAAGCCCUAGAAAAAAUAAUGAGUUUAUUGUUGACACAAAGAACCAGGAAAAAGAAGCAACAGAGCCCAACAAUGAUUUGUCUAUGACAAUUCAGAAUUGCCUGUCUCCAUGUAUAAGUGAGCAUUUGGAGGAUGACAAAGAUAAAGGUCGAGAGAGCAAGGAGGACAUUAAUUUGCUGAAUCGCAUUAAGGAAGUCAAGAACACUUUAACUUUAGAUAUACCCACUGCUCAAGCGAACCAUUGCUUCAAUCUAACAUAUUCUUCUGAUCACAAUGAAGAAUCAUUUAUGGAAAGCAUCAAAAACUCUCAGUUCAAUAGUCAAAUUUCAAAUGACUCUACUACAGUAGACGAUAACAUAGAAGAUCUUCCCUCUUUGAAUGUACUGGUUUCUAAGCAGAUAGAUGAGUCGUUGGUAUAUGACUCCAUAAAGUAUACUUUAGUGGUAGAUGAAAACACAACCUUGGAGCUAGUUAGCUUGAAAAGGUGCACAUCAGUUUUAAGUGAUGACAGUGAAAUCUCUACCCUCUGUGAUAACUGCGACCUGGAAGCAGAUGAUGAAUUUGGGGUUGAUGUUGAUAGACCAGAAAUCUUCAGCUCUUCAGAGGGUUCAUCUCCAGAAGCUGAUGUCCAGUUUUCUAAGAAGUUCCUGAAUGUAUUUGUGAACAGCACAUCACGCUCAUCUAGUACAGAAUCAUUUGGCCUGUUUUCGUGUACUAUAAAUGGAGAAGAAAGGGAGCAGACACACAGAGCAGUUUUCAGGUUUAUUCCACGACAUGAAGAUGAAUUGGAAUUGGAUGUUGAUGAUCCCCUCUUUGUGGAAGUAGAAGAGGAUGACUACUGGUAUCGUGGGUACAACAUGAGGACUGGAGAGAGGGGUAUCUUUCCAGCAUAUUAUGCCCAUGAAGUGGUGAGCCAAACCAAAGAUUUAAUAGGAAUAAAGCGAAACACUGGUUGGGUAGAGAAGUUUGAAGUUCAGUUUCUGGGCUCUGUGGAAGUUCCUUAUCACCAAGGCAAUGGAAUUCUUUGUGCUGCCAUGCAGAAAAUUGCCACCACCAGAAAGCAGACAGUACACCUAAGACCUCCAACCACAUGUGACUUAGAAAUUAGCCUCCAAGGAAUCAAGUUAAUCAUGAGCUUAAGUGACUAUGGAAUGGAUGAUGAGUUUGACAGGUGCAGCCAUUUUUUCCAGAUGAAGAACAUCUCCUACUGUGGCUGUCAUCCUAAAAACAGCUGCUAUUUUGGAUUUAUCACCAAACACCCAGUACUAAACCGAUUUGCUUGUCACGUAUUUGUAUCACAGGAAACGAUGAGACGUGUAGCAGAGUGUGUGGGACGUGCAUUCCAGGAGUAUUAUCAGGAACAUCUGGAGUAUGCUUGCCCUACUGAAGAUAUUUAUCUAGAAUAAGAUGACAUCAAACCAAAUUGAAGUGUGGCCAUUUUGAGGCUGCUGGGUAGUCAUUUUCUCUUUUAAACUACUUUUCUUUUACUGUUUCUGAACUGGAAUAUUCUGUUACAAUACUUUUCAGAUGUCCGUAGAAAAAAGGUGCCCCUAGAGUUUUUUUGGUCUUAUCAUUUACUCUUAAGAAGAUAAAGGAGGCCAGCGUGGAGCAGAAUUUUUUUUUUGGAGAUUCAAACUCAGUUCUGCUAACUUAGAAGAAUGCAAAGCUGAUGUACAUGUUUGACAUUCAUGCAUGACUUCAAAGCGAUGUACAAAAAAUAAUUAGUUUGUUGUUCUUGGAGUGAUUCACCUUUGAAGGGAAAGGCAUAGCCUCUAUGAAAGCAACUGAAAGAACAUCUUGUAAUAUUUAUACAGACAGCCAAUGGAUGUUGGAGAUUCUAAUGGAUCUGGAGAAUAAUUGAAAAAAUGGUUUUAACCAGAAUUUGGAAUUCUGACUGAGAGAAGCAUGUCUACCCAGCGUAUAUACUGUCACCACAAGCCUGGAUAAACAGUUGAACGAAUGAGGCAACAAUGUCAAAAAUAUUUGCUGUAUAUAUGUAAAAAUAAGAUGUGAAAGAUACCUUAAUAACCUGAAAAUUUACCGUUACAGUUACCAGAGAAUACAGUUUUUUAAAAGUGUUUAACUUAAUGAUGGUAAUCUGUUAAUCAACAUAAAAUGUCAUUCAUUAUAGUUUUUAUAUGGUGACUGGAAAGAGUGAAUGGAAGAGCACAACCUUCAAAAUUGUAUGGUAUCAUGUCUGAAGGCAUAUCUGUUAUAAACACAAAAGAUAAACACACAUACUGUGAUAUGUGAGAAGCCAUCUGAUUUGGUGACUGCACUUUGUCUAAAUUCUGAUGUUGUGAAAGUAGGGUUAUGGGGAAGUGAGCGGGUGCAACAUUCAUUCUCUUUUGAUGGCUAUCUCAAUAGAUGACUUGUCCCUAGGGAGCUUUGUCUGUUUUUCUUUUUUUGUUUUUUUUGAGGUUCCUACUGUGUUUGAGGCUUAUUCCUUGUGUGCCUAUUGCUAAAUAUGAAAUCCUUUGAGUUACAAGUUUGUUGCCACUUGUAAAAUUUCAAGUGACAAGCACAAAAAAAACAGCUGUUUUGAGACAAAUUAGGAUUGUUGGUAAUGAGGAUCAACAUUUUCAUUUUGUCUUCUUUGGUUGCUGAACUGGUAUGUUGUAAUGGAAGGUAUUGAUUACUGAAAGGAAUUUAUUUUUUUAAUGUAAGUGCAAGCAGGAAACAUUACUCUAAAUGGCACUGUUACUCACGUUUAAAAAAAAAAAUUCAUUAAAAGAAGUUUGUUUCACCCCAGAAGUUAAUCUGUUUUCAUAUAGUGUGGGAACUACUAAAUAAAGUGUUGAGCAAUCGUGUGUUACCAGAACAGCUAAUAUGAGCCCGAACUAUAAGCAUAGCCAACGUGAUGCAGUGCCGUUUUUUUUUAAAUCAAAUCAUGCUCUGCUAAUGUGUCAGGCAUUGUUACAGUGUCUCCAGUUAUUGCUACAAAGGAAAUGAGUAUACCCACAUCAUGCCAGGAUGGCGAACCUGACCCAACCGUUGUGGAAAUGCCCAAAUCUUUCAAAUCUCUUGAUUUGCAGAGGACAUGGUGAAGGAUGAUUCAUUUGAGCCAGGCAUUUUUCCAGUGCUUGGUAGUCCUUUGUGCAUUGUCAGGCUUAAUUUGUGCUUUGUGCACUACAAAACGACAAUGGUAUAUUAUUUUGUUGCAUUCUCAAUGGAACAUUAUUGAUAAACCUACCUGACAGUGCACAAAAAUGAUAUUAGCACUCGAUUUUGAGUUGUUUGCGUGUUCACCCACAAGUAAGAAAAUCCUGAUGCAGGAAUACGCACUGCUAGCCAUUUACUGAGGAUAUUCUCUCAAAGUUCCCUGUUAGCUUAAUAAUAGAUCAAGAAUGCUCACAUCUGGUCCUGGGUUGCUACAGUGGAUGCAGGAUGCUUUACAAAAUUCUUAACAACAAACUCAUUUUUUUGUUUUUUAGUGCCUGCUAUUUAAUUUGAUUUUUUGCUUUCGAUAUGCUUUAUCUUUCUGCUCAGUCACAAAUUCCAUCUUUCCUCUGUUUUAAUUUUCUGGGAGAAUUGACAAUAUAGAUUGACAUCCCUUUUUCUAUUUUCUUUUUAAAAAUAUUUUGUUUGAAUCAGUUUGUUAGAGAUAAACACAUGUACGGGUGAAAAUGAAAACAAUUCAGUUGUUUGGCUGUUGUCUCCUUUGUUAUUUGCAACAUAUGACUAAUUUCUUUUAAAACUACUGACAAAUCAAUUAAAAUGAAAUAAAACUGUACAAAAUGAAGUGACUCCUAUGAAAAUAUGUGUAUUUCUAUAUCUCAAAAAGAGGCAAAAUUCUCAUUACUGUUAACUCUAAGACAGUCAAGAGAGAGCUGUCUGAUUAAAUGACAAGUCUGACAGUACCUUCAAAAAUUGGUUGGAACAAAAAACUGCAGCCACUGUGGCCAUUCAGGACUGAUGCUGAGCAGGCCUGUCCCAGAUAGUGCAUGCCGUGCAUCAUUAAUAAGCUGUGCUGACUUCAUCAAUGGAGCUGUAGCACCAUGGAGGUAACUUCUUGUGACCAUAUUAGGCCUACCCAACAUGUGUAUACAGUACAUAACCGAGAACAUAUUGGAAAGUGUCAGCUUUUGAAGUAUGCCCCAUAUUUACUGUAGCACAUCUCCUCAAUAUCUUCAGGACACAAACUGCAUUGCCUUUGUUACAAUAGCAGCCCGUGGCCAAAUGACACAGAGCAAUGUCCACUGUCUAAGAUGUAAAAGUUCUGUUAUUUCAGUCAAGAGAAGAUAUAAUGUAGCUUAUUCAGGAAUGAUAACUUGAGUACUCCUCAUUUCUGUCACUAGCAUCCAGAAAGCUCACUGAUCUGGCACCCUUGGUGGGAUUGGUUUAAAGCUGUUGACAUUCAGCUAGCUCUUAGAAACCUGAGCAGUACCUUUGCAUAUAGAAUUAUGUAACAUUAAAUAUACUUUUUGUUAUAUUCAUUGUGGGCGAGUAAGGAAUCACAAGUCACAAAGAUAUGUUGUAGCGCGAACCCAGUCAUCCCCGUUUACUUCUUAAUGAAUAACAAAAAUACAAGCGCUCAAUGGCACGGAGGCAAUGAAAUAAACAAAACAUAGCCACAGUUGUGCUUUGUGUUGUUCUCUUUUCUUUUAGGUCAAUUGUGCAGGAACUCCAUCCCCUGUCGUGCUUUGUUCAGAGUGAUACCUCCUUCUGUCAACCCCGUGAUUUAUAGGCGUGGAGUAUCCUUGCUAGUGUGGGAGGAGUAGGAGACGACAUGAUUAGUGACAGUGCCCUCUUACAUACACCUUAGAGGAGCCACGAGGGCCAUCCACAGAUGCUCAUGAGUGACAUUAUAAAUAUUUAGCAAGGGAAUAAGGAAACUAGUGUGCAUCAAAUGUGUUUAACACACAUUAUUCUCCUUAUAUAUGAUUUUUAUAAAGUAAUUUAUUAUAUUAAUAUAUUAAAUGCAAAAAAUCUCUUAAUAACCCAAUAAAUAAAUAUAUAAUUCAUUUCAAUGAAACUCCAUUUGCAAAGGAGUGAAUUUAAGAAAGAAACACCCAUAAGCUUUUUAGCAUUGGUACUAAAUGCCUAAAAUCGUUCAGAAUGGUUACUCAUGCGUAAUCACCCCAGUCUAAACCUUACAAUAAAUUAGCAUCUCAUUUACAAAUUUAGCCCUACCUGAUCCCUAUUUUUGACAAGAUCUCUUCCAGAUCUUAUAUUAAAAAGUAGAAUGAAUAUGUGAAAGAGAGCAUCAUUUAUUUAUCUGGUGAUCUGAAGUGUUCACCUUAGAUUUUGGCCUCCAUAUAAUUUUGCCUUUAUAUUGUUGUAAACAUACAGUAUAAUAUCUCUGUCAUAUAGUCAGUGCUGAAAAAAAUAAUUAUAAUAUAUUGAUCUUUUUAAAAUCAUACACCAUUGCUGCUGAUUAAGGAGCUUUAUGAUAAAUUCAAAAAGAUAAUAAAGGGCUUUGAAAGCAACCGUGAUUGAUAGUGAGGUAGAAAUUACCAUCCAAAUCAUUAAAGCAAUGUGGAGAAAGUGGACUAGGGAAAUAUAUAAGUGUAUAAAAACAAAAUGAAAUAUGUAUUCAGCAUGGUUAGAGUAGUCUUGGUCAAACUGGGCAGCACACAGAGAAAGGGUGCUUGUUGCUUCUCCCAGAUGCUGGGCAAGUUUCUGCUGUCAGCUUCCUCAACGCUGUUCUAUCAUAAGUUGUUAGCCAUGGGUGAGUACCACAUAUAAUCUGCAUUUCUGAACCUAAUAUAUAAACUUUCAGCCACCAGAUUGUGCAGAAGUCUUAAAUGACUGAAGUCAUAAAUGAUUUUACUCCACUGUAAAUGUGUUUUAGCUGCAGUAUGGAGGGAUAAACCAUAAUUUUGGGGUAGAAUGGUCUUGUACAAGAGUGUAUACUGAUGACUUCAACUGUACUCUGUUAAAUAACUGGAAAUGAGUAGCAGUAUAUACAUUCUUACAACCAGAAAUGUAUGUGUGCCUGUUCUGGUGGUGUGGUGGAAUUUGGUCUAGCCUUACAAUCUCAUUCUGCAAAUUAUUGUACCUUCUACCCUCAUGUGAUUGUUUGAAAAGAAAUUACCUUUUCUGUUUUUUAUAAGAUGUUGAUCCUGACUACAACAUACAGUGCAUUUUUCUCCUUUGCAGCCAAUUUUAAUUUCAUUCAGUUUAAUUUUCACUUAAGUGGCAUUAAUAGUCCAUAAUCAAGUCUAAAGGUGAGAUAUUUUGACAGAAAAAUAAAGAUGCAUUAUUAG